AUGACAAGGACUCUGUUCGUGUUGGUUGUGCCGUUGACGUCCUUUUUUUCCGGCCCAAUACAAAGACCAGACAAUUACUUCGAGUUUCCGCCUCCAGGGCGGGCAGAUGAGAAGCAGCUUGGCAGUUUCACUGACCGAGCUGGGUUCAGGACGACACUUGACGCUACAUCGUCCAGAUGGCCCCACGGUACGACGAAAGGCCCUUGCACUAUAAUGGCUUCUGAUGACACCUAUCAUGGAGGUAGAUUUGACGAAGCUACAACAAACAGCGCCAUUGUCGACCUACAAAGAAGAAGUGGUCGCACAACGACUGUCUGGCCGACGCUUUCGUUGUCUCUGGCCGUUGCUCUUUCCGUGUCAAUCGAGCCAGCCUACAUCAUUUCAAGGGUGUGA